AGAAUGCGCCACAGACCUCCCUGUACUUUCAGAUUGAAAAUGGCGGUCUCAGUGUUUCCCGGCGUACGGCUCCUGUCCAUCGGAGACGCAAAUGGAGAUAUACAGCGACACUCAGAACAGCAACCUUUACGAUUGGAAGUCAAAACCACACAGGAUACCGCAUUACUCAACCUCUCUAAUGGAGAGGACGCGAGUGUCUUCAAGUGUUCAGUUUCUCGGGAGACGGAAUGCAGCAGAGUGGGGAAGCAGUCGUUCAUUAUCACGCUGGGCUGCAACAGCGUCCUAAUUCAGUUCUCCUCACCAGCAGAUUUUCAGUCCUUUUAUAACGUCUUGAAGAACUGUCGGGGGCAUCUAUGUGAGCGGUCAGUCUUCAGUGACAGAACAGAGGAAUCAUCUGCCGUACAGUACUUCCAGUUUUAUGGCUACCUCUCGCAGCAACAAAAUAUGAUGCAGGACUAUGUGCGCACAGGGACCUACCAACGGGCCAUUUUGCAGAACCACGCCGACUUCAAGGACAAGAUUGUGCUAGAUGUUGGUUGUGGCUCUGGGAUCCUGUCUUUCUUUGCGGUCCAGGCAGGAGCAAAGAAGGUCUAUGCUGUCGAAGCAAGUACAAUGGCUCAGCAUGCUGAGGUGCUGGUGAACAGUAACCGUCUUGGGGACCAUGUGAUUGUCGUACCAGGAAAGGUGGAGGAGGUGACGCUUCCUGAACAAGUGGACAUCAUCAUAUCUGAGCCCAUGGGCUAUAUGCUUUUCAAUGAGCGCAUGCUUGAGAGCUACCUACAUGCCAAGAAGUUUCUUAAACCCAAUGGUAAAAUGUUCCCUACGAUCGGGGAUGUUCACCUCGCUCCUUUCACAGAUGAGCAGCUGUACAUGGAGCAGUUCACGAAAGCCAAUUUCUGGUACCAGCCCUCUUUCCACGGUGUAGAUCUCUCCGCGCUGCGAGGUGCAGCAGUCGAUGAGUAUUUCCGCCAGCCAAUUGUGGACACAUUUGAUAUCCGUAUCCUGAUGGCAAAGUCAGUCAAAUACACAGUCAACUUUCUGGAGGCCAAAGAAGAGGAUCUUUACAGGAUAGAGAUCCCCUUUAAGUUCCACAUGAUGCACUCAGGCCUUGUCCAUGGUCUGGCUUUCUGGUUUGACGUAGCAUUCAUGGGAUCAGCUAUGACAGUAUGGCUGUCCACCGCACCUACAGAACCUCUGACUCACUGGUAUCAGGUACGCUGUUUGCUGCAGUCUCCUCUCUUCACAAAGGCUGGGGAUACGCUGUCUGGCACUGCACUACUGGUCGCCAACAAGAGACAAAGUUAUGACAUCAGUAUUGCUGCUCAGGUGGACCAGACUGGAUCAAAGUCCAGCAACCUCUUGGAUUUAAAGAACCCUUUUUUCAGGUACACGGGUACCAACCCAACUCCGCCUCCUGGGUCGCAUUACACCUCCCCCUCUGAGAAUAUUUGGAGCACAGGAGUAGCCUACAGCAUGAGUCAAGGGAUGUCCGUAUCAGGAAUGCCUGGAGCUUAUGACCUUAGUACAGUCAUUGGCAGUGGUCCAUCAGUCUCUCACAACAACCUUAUCCCUCUAGUGAACACAGGUAUUGUGAACCACACCCACUCCAGGAUGGGCUCCAUCAUGAGCACAGGAAUUGUCCAGGGAGCCACAACAGGCCAGUCAGGUCCCAGUAGCAGUGGUACUUACUAUCCGGUCACCAACCAGUUUACCCUGGGCGGUGCUGCAAUCUCUAUGGCCUCUCCCAUGGUCAUCCCCAGUAACACCAUGCAUUAUGGCAGUUAAGAUGAAGACUUUGCAAAGACCCCUUUAACUUGCCCAUCUCUGCAUGACAAAGACUUCCCUGUAAAAACAAAACAAAACAAAAAAAACUUAAUUUAGUCCCUGCCACUCCUGAAUUCCAACUGACCCAUGGACCACAGCCGAUACCAAAACCAGUGCUCUCCUGGCACUUAACUCCUUGUUCAACAUCUUCAUUCUUGUUAUUGUCUGUCCAGUAUUGUACAUCAUCUUUCAAACAUGCUCAUAUCCGUCCGACUCAUUUUAACAUGGCUGAAACGCCCUAUUGUUUUUGUCUCAUAAGGCCGCUUCGUUGCACACCAAUGAAUUGAUGAACUGCAGCAGUUUUCUUACCCCUCCCCCGCCCCUCAUAUCAAUCACCUUAAUUUCUCUUUUUCUUAGUGAAAUGCAUUGUCUCCAGUGUUUCUCUGGUGUGUUAGCGAAAGAGAGCUCGACACCAGCUGCAGGAGGGAGUUGUACACCCAGCUCUUCAUUACAUCACGGUCAACAAUUUUGUUUCCUUUUUGGGGUGGGGGGGCGGGGCUCGUCUUUACAUCAUGUUAUGUCAGACAUAAAGUGAGGAAAAAAACACAUUUGCACCAUGUCCUCAAGGGUGGUGUAUAUGUAUACAGGGACACUUAUAUUCUGAAGUGUAAUGAAAUUUAUCUUUGGUAAUCCGAACCUUUGUAUGAUUAUUUUAUGUUCUGCUCAUUACCUGAUUUUAGGUUAUUGAUGUGUUUCUGUUUGAAGUCUUUCAUAAAAGUAGUCUUGAUGCAACCCUCAAUGGAUCACACGUUUGUUAACGUGUAUGCUGGGCCAUGACAUAAAUAUGCACCUCUUA